AUGGCUGAAACUGCUGCUUCUGCCCUCCUCAGUGUCAUUUUUGAGAAGCUAACCGAUGAAGCCUUCAAGAAAUUUGCUCGCUCUCAGAAUAUUCAUUCCGAGCUGAAUAACCUGCAGAGCACACUCUCCCAUAUCCAAGAUCUGCUUAGUGAUGCUUCUGAGAAAGAAAUAACCGAAAAAUCUGUUAAAAAAUGGCUCAACAGUCUCCAACAUUUGGCUUACGACAUCGAUGACGUACUAGAUGAUGUGGCUACCGAAGCUAUGCGUCGUGAGCUGACCCAGGAAUCGGGAGCAAUCACCAGCAAGGUAAGAGACCUCAUCGUCCCAGCUUGCUGCACAAAAUUCUCACUAAGUGAACGUCUGCAUCACAAGUUAGAUAGUAUCAACACCAAGUUACAACAUCUAGAGAACCAAAAGGGUGAUCUUGGUUUGAUUGUGAAAAAUGAAAACCCAAAAAAUAACAAUAAAGGAAACGAAACCUCCUUGCUAGAAUCUGAUGUCAUUGGACGAGAAAAGGAGAAAGAAAAAUUGCUCAACAAGCUGUUGCAGGAUGAGCCAUCUAAGGAAAACUUCAGCGUCUUACCCAUAGUCGGUAUGGGUGGGGUUGGUAAGACCACUCUAGCUAGAUUUUUGUACAAUGAUACACAAGUGAAGGGUCGGUUUGAACUCCAUGCAUGGGUUUGUGUCUCUGAUGAUUUUGAUAUCUCUAAGAUAACCAAAACCAUCUUUCAAGCUGUGUCCAACGAAAACAACGAAUUUGCUGAUCUAAAUCAGCUUCAAGUGGCUCUUAAAGAGAAACUUAAGGAAAAACGGUUUCUACUAGUACUAGAUGAUGUGUGGCAUGAAAACUUUAAUGAUUGGGAAAACCUAGUGCUCCCAUUUCAUUCAGGGGCUCGUGGAAGUAAGGUAAUCAUGACAUCUCGCAAGGAGCAAUUGCUUAAGAUGCUAGGUUUUGAUAAUCUAGACCAUCUUGAGACUUUGUCAUCUGAAGAUGCUUUGUCUUUAUUUGCUUUACAUGCAUUGGGCGUAGACAACUUUGAUUCACACCCAACACUCAGACCAAAGGGUGAGCGUAUUGUGGAAAAGUGUGGUCGUUUGCCUUUGGCUUUAAAGGCAAUUGGAAGGCUGCUGAGAGCUAAAACAGAUGAAGAAAAAUGGGAUGAGGUGUUGAAUAGUAAGAUAUGGGAUUCAAAAAGUGUUGGUGAUUUUUCUGCAGAUUGGAAGGUGAUUUUUCCUGCCCUUAUGUUAAGCUACCAUGAACUUUCUGCAAAUUUGAAGCGGUUGUUUGCAUAUUGCUCCUUGUUUCCUAAGGACUUUUUGUUUGACAAAAAAGAGUUAGUCCUGUUGUGGCUGGCCGAAGGGUUUUUGAACAAAUCAAAUGCAGCCAAGUCACCAGAACGCCUUGGUUAUGAAUAUUUUGAAGAGUUGUUAUCAAGGUCAUUUUUUCAACAAUCACCAAAUGAGGAACCGUUAUUUGUGAUGCAUGACCUGAUGAAUGAUUUGGCCACAUUUGUUGCCAGAGAGUUCUUUUCAAGGGAUGACAAUCGGAUGACAAUCGGAUGGCUACCAUGA